AUGGAACAAGAGCGCAUAUUCCGUCGGAUUUGCCAUACAAGAGGAAUAUCCUUAGACGCCAUCAAGAACCUGUCAGAUGAAGAGAUCAUCCGUCAGUUCUGGCAUCAUCUAAAAGUCGCCGAUCUCAAUCAUCUAAAUCCCUUCGCCAUUGAUGAUUGCGAAGCUAUUGUCGAAAAGAUGAAGCAUCGAGAAACCAGGAACAAGAGAUAUGCGGCAAUGCUCGAGCUGGAGAAAAAUGGUUAUUUUGAGUUAGCAAAAGCGAAAGAAAGAGAUCCAGGAUUAUAUGACCAAGUUGUGGGAAAAGAUGCCGUCGGACGACCAAAAGAAAUGAAAUUCUCAGACGUUCUGAUGCGAUGCUGGAUGCAAGAAAAAGACCCCGACACUGGCGAGCGAAAAAUCGACAAGCCCUUUCACAGCAACAAGAUGAAAGACCCAAGUGAUCCGGACUACGAGGAAGAAGAAGACGAAGAGGAGGAAGAAGAAAAUGAUGAAGACAAGGACGAAGAGCAGGAAGAACCUGUAGCGGACCUGAUAAACGAAGAUCUAAGUCCAGAAGAAAGACAAGAGGAGUUUUUGAAUCUUAUGAAGGAACGCUUUGUCGACGGAAAAGACCCUGAAUUCGAUUAUGACUCUCUCGAUGUUCGCGAUUCAGUAAAAGACAACGACUUGACCGACGCAUGGUUUGAUGAAGAGGAAGAAGCCGUCGUUUCUCCAGAAAAUUCAUCAAACAAGAAGCCAGCCUCGGAUAGCGAAUCUGAAGAUGACUACAUGACCAUGGAUCUGUCCAAGCUCUAA